CCAGAGCUGGCAAGUGAAUAUGAGGUUGCCCUUUUGCUAACAUGCAGUAGUAUUCAUUAGAAUAUCCAGCAGCCAGCGCAACUGUCAAGGCGGACUCAGAAGGGGAGAUGAAAACCUCCUGGAACUGUGUGUUCGUGUUUGAUUCUCUCCAUCCCUUUGUGAGGAUCUAUGCGUUUCCACUCUUAAAGCUUGGCAGCAAGAGGUGUUAUCUCUAGCACUGAGCUCAGCUUUAAAAGGAAAUUGCAAGACUCUAAAUCUGCCUGUCAGCCUCUGAUGAGCCUCUGAUUAAAAGAUAAAGCGAGAGGAGGACACCCCGGAUGAAUCAAGGAAAAACUUGCAGAGGGAAAUUUACACAAGCUCUGCUUUUUUUUGGGAUUCUCUUUUUUAGAAGAUUUAGAUUUUUUCUUUUUAAUUCAUAGUUUUGUACUGGACCUGCGUUUUAUGUACCUGAAGUCUGCAGUGAUUGCACAUUUGUUUGUCACACCAGCUGAGACAGAGAUGCUGUAAUGUUGUGCUUGGAUUUGGACUUCCUUUGAGAGGAUUUUGUUUUCACCUGAUCAGCGCUCCUUCACUGUUUGAAUCCGUUCUGAUCUGCCCUCCCACCCUUCUGCCCCUCUUUUUAUCCAGUGAACAUUGUGAGCUUAGUCACUUUAGCGACUGGGCAGUGAUUUCUAACGGAGGCAAAGUGUGUGAGGCUGGAACCGGAGUAGUUGCCUCCUACAGACCGAACUGUCUCACGUUCUUCGGGGUCCUCAGACUACACACCUCUGGGAGUUUGUCUUACCUGAUUCAACCAGAGGAGAGUUUAAUUAGAGCGUCUGCAAGCGGGACGGCCGGCCAAAAGCCAGGAUGCAGGUGUCAUUAGUGUGCACGGACCACCGUGGGGGGGUGAGCCGCACCACGGAGGACCGGCUAAACCGACAGAACGCCAACAGCCCCAGCACAGGCACCCGCAGCAAGUUCAGAGCAGUGGCGAUGGUGGCUCGCAGUCUCGGACAACUCUCUGUUCAGAGUGUGCCUUCGUCCAGCGAGCAAAGCAUGAAGACCGGCAUGAAGUAUAGAAACCUUGGGAAGUCGGGUCUGCGGGUGUCCUGCCUUGGACUAGGAACAUGGGUGACAUUCGGCGGACAGAUAACAGAUGAGAUGGCAGAGCAGCUGAUGACUCUGGCCUAUGAAAAUGGCAUCAAUCUGUUUGACACAGCGGAGGUGUACGCUGCUGGCAAGGCAGAGGUGGUGCUCGGAAACAUCAUAAAGAAGAAAGGAUGGAGACGUUCAAGUCUGGUGAUAACAACAAAGAUCUUCUGGGGUGGAAAAGCGGAGACUGAAAGAGGUUUAUCCCGAAAACACAUUAUAGAAGGUUUAAAAGCCUCUCUAGAAAGACUGCAGUUAGACUACGUGGAUGUGGUUUUUGCGAACAGACCGGACCCUAAUACACCUAUGGAAGAAACGGUUCGAGCAAUGACCCAUGUGAUAAACCAAGGCAUGGCGAUGUACUGGGGAACAUCCCGCUGGAGCCCGAUGGAGAUAAUGGAAGCGUACUCUGUGGCGCGACAAUUCAACCAGAUUCCUCCCAUCUGCGAGCAGGCUGAGUACCACAUGUUCCAGAGAGAGAAGGUGGAAGUGCAGCUACCUGAGCUCUUCCAUAAGAUAGGUGUGGGGGCCAUGACGUGGUCACCACUGGCCUGUGGGAUCAUCUCAGGGAAAUACGACGGCAGGGUGCCUCCCUACUCUCGGGCCUCUCUGAAGGGCUACCAGUGGUUGAAGGACAAGAUCUUGAGCGAGGAGGGCCGGCGUCAGCAGGCGAAGUUGAAAGAGCUGCAGGCAAUCGCGGAGCGGCUGGGCUGCACUCUGCCCCAACUCGCCAUCGCGUGGUGCCUACGGAACGAGGGGGUGAGCUCCGUCCUUUUAGGGGCGUCCAGCACCGACCAGCUGAUGGAGAACAUCGGAGCGAUACAGGUUCUUCCAAAGUUGUCAUCGUCCAUCACACACGAGGUGGACAGCAUCCUGGGGAACAAGCCGUACAGUAAAAAGGACUACCGCUCCUAACGCGCAGCGCGGCCCCGCCCAGCAGGGCUGCACCCGGGCUGCAGCCACAGCGCCCCCACCUUUGCCUGAUCCUCUGUUUGCUUGAGCUUUUACUGAGUGAGACCCUGGCGCAUGAGUCUGGCCACACCAAGGCCACCCAGGGCACCUCAUUUAGAGUUACAGGGAUAAGAUAAGUAAAGGGGGGGAAAAAAAUACAGUCACCUCCACAGGAGAGGAAGGUAAGAAAGACAAAAGUGGAAGAGAGGUUAGGGAUAUGCGCUCAUACUUAAAUCAGUUAUACAUUCAAUUCAGCUGAACUGUAUUUUAAAACCGUAGAGAAAAAUACCUUUUUAAAAAAAAAAAAACAUAAGCACACGCUUGCUUGGCAGCCAGAUUUCUCCUUUUUUUUGCUUUUUUUUCUGAGACUGAAUGCAACUAAAAGGAAGAUUAAGUUCAUACUGUACGAAUAUACGAGAAUAUCUACUCAGUUGCACAUGUACCAUAGCCAUGCAUUUGUUCCUUGAACGUUCUUGUUUACAAAACGCCCGUAGUGUACUGUACGAGUCCGUCAAGGUUAUCUGAAAAACCUUUUGUUUGUGUUGUCGACAUUGUCAGUGUGUGAGCCUCGUCGUGGGCUUUAACAAUCAGCACUUUAGUAUUGUCAGUAUAGGUGUUGGAGGGUCGCUCUAAGGAGGGGAGAGGAUUGGUAUUACAAUAGUCUUAUCUCAUAGCCAUUGCACUAUAGACUCAUAUCUCCUCCCGAUAGUUCCCUCUCCUCCUCAUCCUCCCUUUGUCUUCACUGGCAGUACGUUUGUCCAUCCUGAUGCUCCCGACGCUCCCGCUGUCUAAGCGUGUCGGUGGCGGCCAAAGUGAGGAGGGGGAAUGAGGCUCCUCCUCCGCUCUGACCAGUGAACCGUCUUUGACGACGAGUCAGGAGCGUAGGCCGAUGUGUCAACUCGUCUGAUUAGCUAUUUAUUCAUCCCUAAAAGGUAGGAACUGCAGUCGCAUUAAAUCACACGCAGUGUCGUACUUCACUGUGUCGCCCAGCCUCUGCUCUCUGUUCUCAGGCUGAGGAUUUACUGUGCAGGAAGUGGUCAUAUCACUGCUGGCUCCACAUCUCAUGGAAACUUCUCCUUGAUCAAAUUUUGUUCAAGUUGUUUUUGCCUUAUUUACAGUUGCAUCAGACUGUGCUGCGGGCUUUUGCCGUGGACGAGCAGCUCGGCAGCUGCACCUUCGGCCGACUGGUCUCAUGUCCCAAGUAAAUACUGGAAAGGCUGACUGGUGGAAGUGGCGUUAGUUGCGAGGAGGAGGUCCAGUUAGUCAGUGGGUGGCAGCAGCUCAGGGAACGGAGCAGGUGGUUUUAGUCGCGCGUUGGCGUGCACAUGGUCAGGAGGUCGUAUUUACUCGUCUGUCUUUCUUUCAUGUGUGGACACUGGGCAGGACCGGUGACAUUUUAGCGUGGCUUGAGCCAAAGAUCUUCUUCUUCUUCAUCUCUCUUUGAAAGAGCGUUUUCACUCUCACUUCCUGCAAGAUUAUAGAACUCAUCUUGGUCGCAUGUGCUGUCCAGCUUGUUAUCUAUCUAUGGUAUGGACUUUACUCCAUUUAUAUAUCUUUACUUGACCACGCUGUUAUACUAGUUAACAAAUACGUCCUUCAUAUACAGAAUGCAUAAGUACAGCUACUUGCUUUAGGAUCGGUAAGGUUUUGUUUCAGGUUCGACAUACAACCUGUGUCAGAAAUAUUACUGCAGAUUUUGACAGCGCCCCUAUAUCAUUCUCUCUCCUUUUGGGUGCUCUCUUACUGUGAUUAAAGCACAAGUGGAUAGCAUGUGAUAGCAUGGGCCCCCUUUUCACCCAGCUUACAGUACCUACGGGACAAGUAAGGUGAUGCCACUCCGCUUACUAACACGUGUAGGUAACAAGUCUUUACUAACAGCUGAUACAACUAUUGAUUCUUAGCAGAUAAUAAACAAGUACACAUUAAGAAAACAUUAUAUUCAUAUUAGUGUGAAUGCUGACAUGAAUGAGAUGUUCAAAUGGAGGGGAUAAUCAAAGUUUGCUUCGUAUCUCCUCCUAGGGGAUUUAUAACAGCAGCCAAGUGAUUUCAUGUCUCUGCUGUCGACCCUGUUUGCGUGUGUGUGUGUGUGUGUGUGUGUGUGUGUGUGUGUGUGUGUGUGUAUGGGGAGGGAGGCAACUAAAAGAAUCCCUUGCUUUAUCCUGUUGUAUUAGUUGAUCCCUGUAUAUGUUUGAUUUGCUGUGUCUGAGUGUUUUCUCAGAAGAAGAGGGGAAAAAAAGCAAAGAGUAUUUAGUUCAA